CUCACAAGAAUCCACCAAUGGCUGCUUCUUUCUCAGUGCCUUCAAUGAUAAUGGAGGAGGAAGCCCGGUUCGAGGCGGAGGCGGCGGAGGUGCAGGCAUGGUGGAACUCGGAGCGGUUCAAGCUGACGCGGCGGCCGUACACCGCGAGGGACGUGGUGUCACUCCGCGGGACCCUCCGGCAGUCGUACGCGUCCAACGGGCUAGCGCGGAAGCUGUGGCGGACGCUGAAGAACCACCAGGCGGCCGGCACGGCCUCGCGCACGUUCGGCGCUCUCGACCCGGUCCAGGUGACCAUGAUGGCCAAACAUCUCGACACAAUCUACGUCUCCGGCUGGCAGUGCUCCUCCACCCACACCACCACCAAUGAGCCCGGCCCCGACCUCGCCGACUACCCCUACGACACCGUCCCCAACAAGGUCGAGCACCUCUUCUUCGCGCAGCUCUAUCACGACCGGAAGCAGCGGGAGGCCAGGAUGAGCAUGAGCCGCGACGAGCGCGCCCGCACACCCUAUAUCGACUACCUGAAGCCGAUCAUCGCUGACGGUGACACUGGCUUCGGCGGCGCCACCGCCACCGUCAAGCUCUGCAAACUUUUCGUCGAGCGCGGGGCUGCCGGUGUACACAUAGAAGACCAAUCUUCAGUGACCAAGAAAUGCGGCCACAUGGCCGGCAAAGUCCUCGUGCCCGUCUCCGAGCACAUCAACCGCCUCGUCGCCGCGCGGCUCCAGUUCGACGUCAUGGGCGUCGAGACCGUCCUCAUUGCCCGCAUCGACGCCGUCACAGCCACGUUGAUCCAGAGCAACGUCGACUCCCGCGACCACCAAUUCAUUCUCGGUGCAACGAAUCCACAGCUCAAAGGCCAGAGCCUGGCUGCAUUGCUGGCCGAAGCCACGGCCUUCGGAAAGAACGGCGCCGAGCUGCAAGCCAUCGAGGACGAGUGGCUCGCGACGGCUCAGCUCAAAACCUUCUCCGACUGCGUGAAAAACGCGAUCAUCGCCGUGAAUCACGUAAGCAACGACGAGAAACUGCGAAAGCUGAACGAGUGGAGCAACUACUCGAGCUUCGACAAGUGCUUGUCGAUCAAGCAAGGAAGAGAGAUCGCCGAGAGGCUCGGCGUGAAGAACGUCUUCUGGGACUGUGACCUGCCGAGAACCCGCGAGGGGUUCUACAGGUUCAAAGGAUCGGUGGCGGCCGCGGUGGUGCGGGGGAGGGCGUUUGCACCGCACGCGGACGUGAUAUGGAUGGAGACGUCGAGUCCGGACCUAACAGAGUGCACGGCGUUCGCUGACGGAGUGCGGUCGGCAGUGCCGGAGAUGAUGCUGGCCUACAAUUUGUCGCCGUCGUUCAACUGGGACGCCGCGGGGAUGACCGACGAGGAGAUGAGGGACUUCAUACCGAAGAUAGCGAAACUGGGCUACUGCUGGCAGUUCAUCACGUUGGCCGGGUUCCACGCAGAUGCGCUGGCGGCGGACACGUUCGCGAGGGACUACGCCGGGCGGGGGAUGCUGGCGUACGUCGAGAGGAUACAGAGGGAGGAGCGGAGCAACGGGGUGGAGACGCUGGCGCACCAGAAGUGGUCGGGGGCGAAUUACUACGACCGGGUGCUGAAGACGGUGCAGGGCGGGAUCUCGUCGACUGCCGCCAUGGGCAAAGGGGUAACCGAGGAGCAAUUCAAGGAGACAUGGACGAGGUCCGGAGCCGGCGGCGUAAGUGACGGUGGCGGCGCUGCGGUCAUUGCCAAGUCCAGGAUGUGAGAUGCAGCUUCCGCGAAAAGCUCUUCUGCAGUAGUUUUUAAGUAGUACAUACAUAUGUUACUCGCUAUCAAUAACAUGGUGUAAUAGUGAUUGAUAACUCCAAUUGGGGGGGAUUGAGCUAAUUGUUUUUGAUGUUGAGCCUCUGAUUGAUGGGGUAGAUCAAUUGAAACUCAAAUGCUUUAUUUAUGUUGCUAUUUGAUAA